AAAACACUUCCAUGGCAACAAUGUCAAAAUGGUUAUAAUAAGUAAUGUGAAGUAAACCGAAACCGAUAUUUUCGUCUGACAAUAUCAAGGCAGCCAUGAUAAUGUUAGGAACAAACUCAAGGCUCAUAACUUUUCUUGUUACUGUUAACAUGUGGGUACUGCAGUGUGCAGAAAGUACCAAAGAUUGGCAAUGGCAAUACAAUAAAUCAGUUUGCUUCAACGAGCUUGCGGAUGCAGCUUUGUCAUGGAAAGUCACACUUAGCCCCGGAGACAGCGUCUCGGAUGUGAAUAUCUACGAGGUUUCAGUGAGGACGCAAUCUGCACUCAAGAUGUACAGCAAGACAAAUGGACCUGAGGCCGCGUUUAAAGACCGCGUAAUGCGUUUCUCGAUGGCGAAUGAGUUGAGUAACCAAUUUCCAGUUUUCAAGAUCUAUUUCACUCUCACAAACCUAAGCAGCAGUGUUGAUGGGUUUGGAAGCAAAAGCAUUAGAUGCCAAGUUGUUAGAAAGAGUAAUGGCGCAUCUCAACAAAGAGAUACACUUCUACACGUGCAAGUUCCCAUCCAAAACUUUGCGGUCCACCCUUUGAGACUCACUCUCAAUGAGACUGACGCCGCCCUAUUCACGUGUUCCGCUGAUGGGUCUCCCUCGCCCACCAUAACUUGGACCAACACUCAGGGUCAGAUUGUGGGACACGGCUUGUACUACCGAAUACCAGCGGUUAACAGAAGAAUGUCUGGCAUGUACACGUGCACUGUAACUGAUGGCUGUGGACAAAACUACACUAAAUCUGCGAUACUGAUCGUGCAAUAUAAACCAGAGAAAACAAAGCUCAUUAAGCUUGCUCCGUCUGGAAAUGUUUCCGGUAGAUAUUCAACAUAUGUAUUCAGAUGCAUCGCGUCGGCUUACCCACCAGUAACCAGUUACACGAUUUACACAAAUGGAACAAAGAGAUACACAGGGACUGGUAUAUACUAUGGCUACACACAUAUAUUAGGUGCUGCGGAGUUUACCUGUGAGCCUCACAGUGCAGCUGGAUACGGUGCCAACAGCACAGUCACCAUCAUCACUAUCGUCGACGUGCAUCAUUUCUUCCCUUUUAAUCAUCUCAGUGGAGGUGGUACAGUACUCGAAGGCUCAUCCUUGUCUUUCUAUUGCUAUUUGCGUCACUGGCAUGGUUAUAUCACAUGGAUCAAAAAUGGCAAAGGGAUGAACACGCUAACUACAUUUUAUGAACUUCGGUUCGAUCCUGUUACAAGAAAAGACGAAGGAUUUUACGCUUGUGGAUACAUAUUCAACGGCAUCGAGUACAUAGUACAUCGCAUAACGCAUUUAACCGUCGAGUACAAGCCCGAGAAAACUCAGCUUCAUUCAUUGGGUAGUUCUUACUGCCAUGGGUCCGCGAUACCUCUCUACUGUACAGCGGUCGCCAAACCCGCUGACAUCCGGUACUUUCUGCGCAUCAACAAUCAACCGCUGGCCAACAACACCAUUGGUCUAUUUAACGUGUCACUAAGAAUGCUGGGAUAUCACCUCUACACAUGCGCACCAAGCAAUAAAGUGGGAGAAGGCGAACACAGAAGUGUCAGGAUUCACGUGCAAGAGCCGCUGACGUCUGCGUCUAUCCUACCUAUCAAUGGCACGAGGUUCACGGAGAAAUCCACCGUUCAGUUGACAUGCGCGGCUAAUGAAGUGAAUUCCCACGAGAUAAGAUGGACCAAGGACGGUGUUCUCGUGGGAGAGGGACAAACACUGAUGAUACAGUCAAUAAACAGGACGGACGAAGGGGUGUACACGUGUACUAUCAACAACACGUGUAACGUGGUGUCUGCUGUCACAUACAUCGGAGUCGACUAUGUCAACAUGGACCAACAAACGCUAAAAUGUUCGUCCUUCCCGGGAUUCAUCAUCCUGUCCCUCGAGACCAACACCGCCCCACCUCCCAACAUCACUUGUAACAAUGGCCACGCGUCUUACAGAGGACUCGUCGCACACUCGAGUGGCAGUGUCAUAUCGUACAGGGUGGAUUUACCGGACCCGGAUGUGAGUGAGGUGAAAUGUCGAGCUGAAGGCUUCCCAGGGACCGAGAACACGUACACUAUUGCUGUCGCUGAUUCCGAAUACAUCCGGAAUGGUAGCUUCAGAGUGACUAACGCGCGAUAUCCACCAAGCGACGCGAUCAAAGGGAAGAUCAUCAAAUCGAUCAAAGAGUGUUUCGAUGCUGCUUGUCUAAGGAGCUUGUCAGUAACAUACAGGGAUGGCAGCCUUGUUGUUGACGUCUCUCUCGUCAUAACUGCAAAUAUAACAAAUCCUUUCCUGUCUGUUAAGGAUACUCUUCUUCAUAAGACGAAAUUCUACGGCCUUUCUGUCGAUCCUUCAAGUAUAGAAAUGAGCGCACUGGCAUAUUUACCAGUCACAAAAUUAGAAAAGCGGUCCGACGAAGUCGUCAACCAGGAACCAGCCGUUAGCGGCCUGGCUGUGAUGGUCGCCCUGUUGUUUGUUUCAAACUGUGCAACCAUCAUCUACUUUCUAAAAUGCAAGAAAUCAGGUACAGAGGAGAGGCCAAGACCAAAUGUGGACGGACGGGAGAAGAAUUCUCAAACUCAGAGUAUAACGAUGCAAGAAGGUCCUUUCUCGUCGCUACACACAGAAGGGCAAGCCGGGGCUCAACCAGGAGGAAGCUGCGAGUCAAUGGGCCAACUUUCAUACUCAGAACGUAACGCUUCUCCAGAAUACGAUACAGUCACGCCAACCAAGACUGUCACGCAACACAACCAAGCACAUGUCACGCGACCUAAGAUCUUUAGCAAAAGGAAUCACGAAUCAAGUACCAGUCUUUCUCGGGCUAAUACGCCUUUAAAACAACUUCAUAAUACCAAGGCCAUAAAGGAAAAGAUUGAGAAGCCCGGUCACGUGACUAUGGCUGCAAAUGACGUCACAGCAUCUACCGGAGCACGUGACCAGGAGCCAUCGGCAAUGUACCAGUCACUUGAUUCAGUGUUUGUUAAUGAGGCACAGUACGCGUCGCUGACCCCCCACACGCGCGCCUCAACAGAUCACAUGGCGUUUGUGUAUGAGAACCUGGGCAGGGAUAGCGCAAAGGAAACGGAUUUCUGCCACCACCUGGAUGUUGAUCAACAAGAGUCGUCUCACGCUAAUGCAACCACCGCGUGAGCGCAACGAUGACCUGUAACUUACUUGGUGACCAAGUACAACAGCCGCUUGACGCUGCUCCAACAACUAGAGCAAAACUUUGAAGCUAAAGGAAAACCAGUCUCACAUAAAUGAAUAAACUACCGCGUGAGUGAAAAAGGCGCUAUAUCGUCUAAAGCAUUUUAAUAGAUCAUAAAGAGGCCGCUUGUGGGGGGAUUGGGGGUGCAGCAGCUGAACAGCAAGCGAAAGCUCGCUACGGAGUACUUCAGAGAGGGGAUAUCGUGUGUACGGCACAAGCUACAGCAUUAUUCAUAUCGUAUUCUCGAAAUAAACUUUGUAAUAAGGUCCAUAAUUUUGUUUAUAUGUUGUAUAUUACAUUUGAGCAUAUACAUCAUACACUUGUUGAUGAGUAAAAAAACAGAAUAAAUUCGUUUUUUUAUC